AAGAAGGUGGUCACGGCUUCCGUGGCCCCUUCCUCCUCUUGCUUCAUUCGCUCCUGCACACCUGCUGCCGGCACCAUGCAGCCUCCUCGCCGCCUCCUCCUCCUCCUCCUCUUUCUCCUGCUUCUUCCUGCGAUGUGGGCAGAUCCAGAGGGCUCUUAUAAACUCCGUGCUUUCCAAACCUCCAUCUUCCACAACACCAGCUUUGUGGACAAUUCAGCCUGGAGCACCCUGGAGGACAUUGUCUUUGCUGCCCUGGAGAAAUACACCUGGAACAUCCUCUACCUAUACCCAUGGGUUUACCCAUCCCUGCCUGCAGUAGAGUGGGAGAACCUGCAAAACGUGUUCAGGAUUUAUAUGCACAACAUCCCUCUGUCCCUGUCCAGUGACGCCAGGAUGUUCCAGGCACCCUACCCCUUUGUGAUCCAGUACGUGACCGGCUGCGACUUGUAUCCCAAUGGCUCCUAUACCAAAUUCUAUCAUAUCGCAUACAAUGCCCAUGAUUUCCUCAACUUCAAUGUGGACAAGGGCCGCUGGGAGAGACAGCAGGAGAGCGAGCUGGCGGCACAAGUUGAGGGGCAGUUCAACAACUAUACCAUCUUCUCUGCCACCCUGCAGUACCACCUCAAUGUCACCUGUGUUGACUACAUGAAGAAAUUCAUCGAGUAUGGGAAGGCAUCUCUGGAGAGACAAGAGAUGCCCGUGGCCACGGUCUUCGCCCGCACGCCCAGACCAGACCAGCUCCUGCUGGUUUGCCAUGUCACCGGCUUCUACCCGCGACCCAUCAGCGUGGCAUGGCUGCGGGACGGCCAGGAGGUGCCACCAGGCCCGACGCUCAACACCAGCGCCAUCCUGCCCAACGCCGACCUCACCUACCAGCUCCGCAGCAUCCUGGCCGUGGCCCCCCGUGAUGGGCACAGCUACGCCUGCCGCGUGCGGCACCGCAGCCUGGGCACGCACAGCCUCCUCAUCCCUUGGGGCAGCUCCAAGGUAGCUCUCAGUGUCGGCAUCACCACUGUGGUCCUGCUGGCCAUUGCUGCAGCCCUCGCUGGGGCCAUCUGGCACUACAGGCGCAGCAUAGACAUUAAAUCAAGAAAGAAGGUCUUCCUCACCCACGCGCAGCCCUUCCCCACAGCUCAAGGUGAACAAACAAACUGGUCGGAAGGCGCAGGUGGCAGUGAGCUAGCGGGAGUCCAGAUAGGAAGAUCCCCAGCAAGUGCUGCACAGUCACUAGCUGUUAUUGAUAGGAAAAUGGCACCUUCCUAG